AUGACGAUUGACAGGCUUGGCAUGGCUACCGUUAAGAUGGCAGAAGGUCAACCUCAUCAUCAGCACAAUCUCGCUCCCAAGCUCAAGCCCGAAUUUGUAGCUGCCCUCGCCGAACUCGAGAAUGCACACAAAACGUACGGGUCAAACAGCGCUCAAGUAAAAGCUUGUGGGGAGAAAGCGCAGCUCUUUUUGUUGGACAACGAGAAGAUGUAUGAGCCAGACGACGACAGCGCCUCAACAAACCCGCACUCGCAAAGUAAGGACAAUCCCAAGCAGGACAUGAAAGCAGCACAUCAGACACCAGAACCUAGGUCUUGA